GAACAUUGAUAUAUCAAGUAUACAAGUGUAUUUCAAAUAGUUAAAAUUACAUUUUUGUAUGAAUUCAAUUAAAUUUGAUAUAACUUUUAUGUCUAUCGAGUGAGAACUGGUUGCAUGCAGCAUGUUUCGACUGCUAUUGGUUGUUGCUGUGGUGUGUUGUGCGCAGUCGCGUGCCGCCGUGACGUCACAGCAUCCACGUCUGCUGCAGGCUUUGGGGGAUGCUACAAAAGCGCUGCAAGCAGCACAGCAAAGCCUUGAAGACGCAAUACAGAAGCCGCCGUCGCCAACUCUGACGUCCGUCAGCGUAGUUCAGGAUUGGAGUUUGGUGUGUAAAGAGCUCUGCGGAGCUGGCCUCGGCGUAACGCCAUGUGCGAAUUACUGCCCCAAAUCUGGUGUUGGAAUGGCAAAGAUCCUGAACACAAAUUUUGAUUUGGCUAAAUGCGAGCAGUUGACUGGAACGCAGAAUGGCACUCCGUGCAAAGGAGUUGACACCGUCAAAUCCUACGGCGAUCGACUUUGCUCGAGUUUCUGCCACCAACGCCGUCGCACGUUGCAAGGUUGCAGUCCAUGUCAGUUGUUGAGUAUCAGUACAGAUGAGGUCAGUACAGAGCAGAGUGUGACUCCACAUGGUUCCGGAACUGACGCUAAAGUAAUGGCAAUGAAAUUGGCCAUGGAAAAGAUUGAGGCCAGCGCUGCAGAUACAGAUACGCCGGAUUGGAACGAAAUGUGCAAGACUCUCUGCAAGACUGGCGAUGGCGGGUCUUUGUGCAACUGUGAUCUAUCGCCGUUCUUCACCUAAGCUUCUGGCUCAGGCUGAAGGUGCAUAGAUCGCAACAUUAUAUAUUAUAUAUGAAACUAUAUAAUAUUUCGUUGUCUUUUUGUUGUACACUCAAAAAAA